AGCCCGCCCAGCCAUUCACAAAGCCAUAAAGCUCUCCAAACACUCGAUAACGAGACUGAGAAGUCGAAGUGCACCCAAAGCGAAACCCCAACCAUCCACCAUCCGCCAUCAACCCCGAAAUCAAUGCCGCGUCGUUGUUCAAUUAAGUGCUGAUCCAGUGAUUCCUCGCCAGAAAUACCAAUCGAGGCGCGGCGAAUGUGUGUCAUAAGUGCAGAAGUGAUGUGCGGCAAAGUGCGAAGCGGUCUAAAACGCCAGUGAGUCGAACGCGUUUCUGUUAAUUUCCAUAAAUAUUUCCCUGGCUCGAAACCCGAGCUCGCAGCCCACAAAAGCCGGAAAAGUGCAAGUUCGGUGCGAAAGUGAACCAGAAGAUAUGUGAAAACCAAAGGAGGAAUACCCAUUCUACGGUGCUCAUUCAAUUGCUGACUAAGGGCGCAAUUAACUUGCCUUCUCCAGACUGUGCCUCGAGGAGGAGUUGGCUUUCGGUUCUUGAACACACUCCGGUUGAGUCCCACACCGUGUGGCAGCGUGCUGCACAAGUGCAGCGAAAAAUGGCGGCAGCCGACAACAAUUAAGCUACACACUGCCACAAACCACUCUUUGAGCCACAAAACAAGCAAAUAGUUCCAAAAACAAGCCACUAAGCAGGGGAAAAUGUCAGCCACUCAGCCGAAGGACUCGGCAGCCAAGACCAACGAGCUGGCGGCUGAGGCUGAGGCCGCCCCCCUGGCCCCACCCCCCGCCAAGGCAGCGACAUCGACAGCCACUGCUCCGGCGAAGAAAACUUUAACCUCUGGCGCGGCUUUGUCAUUGUUUGAUCAGCUGAAAAACAGCGUCAACCUAAACAGUCUAACAAUUGGCGCCGCCGGCGGCAGCAACACAAGCCACAUCUCGCCAACAGCUUCGACGACGGCUCCCACACCAGCAUCCGCAGCGGACACACCCACCGCCGCACUGUUGCCAGUGCCCGUCCCAUCUGACGCCUCCUCUUCACCCGCCCCCGCCACCGCCUCCGCCACGGCCAAUAUUGAACUGAAGCCGCCGGCAAAGCCCCCGCGGCCCUUCAGCACGCCCAGCAGCAUCGGCAUUGUGAUGGGCACUAAGCGGGGGGCAGGAGGCGGGGCAGGAGGCUCCGUGGAACAGGACAUAAACGCGUUGCGAUCUCAAUUGUAUCAGGGCGCCCGGAAAACGGCCGCACCAACCAAGGCGGGAGCUGUCAAGGCGCCGCCACAGAAAGCCGCAAGAACGGGAGGAGUAGCGGCAGGAGCACCCGGAGCAGGAGGACAGCGAAGUGCCAAGGGCUCUAAGAAGCGGUGCUUGGAUCGAUACGAUUCGUCAGAGUCAUCAGACAGCGGCGUUGCCACCUCGCUGAGCUGCGCCGAUUCUAGCACGGGCUCCAGUGAGGAUGCGUCCGAACCAGGCUCCCCGUACAGUGCGCACUCGCAACUGAGCGACCCUGAUCCGCUGACCAAGAUGCCCCCCCAAAUCCUCGGCAACAGCACCGCCAGCGGCGCAGCAGCGGCCUCCACGACCUCCCCCAGCAGCACUACACAGGUCUCAGGUUCUUCCCUCCAUCAGAAUCCCGGCCAGAGCCACACCAGCGUCAAACUGGCGACCCCAACGACACCCCAGCGGAGCGUUAACCCCAGCAUCCUGCCCACUCUCCAGUGGCCGUGGAACACCAGCCUGGGCAGCACCUCUACCGCCGUACCCGCCUCCACGGCAAACAAAAACAAGCGUUCGGCGGGCGGUUCUGGAGCGACAGUGGGAAGCGUUGGGGGAGAUGGAGCCAUUGGAAAUACUGGAGCUGGGGCAGCGUCAGCCAAGAAGGCCCGCAACGACUUGCCUGGAGCCUCUGAUGCAAGCAAAAGACUGAAGGCGGCCGCUCUGGAGGAGUCGCAGACCAAGAUCACGGGCUUUUUCAAGUCGCAGAUGAAGCCCACGCCGGGCGGCGGAAAGCUGUCUCCUCAGCCGGGCCAGCAGAGCAGUCCGGCCAACACGCUCACGAUGAGCACGCCCGAGACCACUGCCUCGUUGAACAAGUACUUCAACAUCCUUUCGCAGCUCAAGGAGCAAAAGCAGCAGCAGCAGCAGCAACAACAACAGCAGCAGAAGCCACAGCAGCAACUGCAACCAGCAAGCAAGCCAGUGGCAGCAUCCACACCAGUGACGCCAACGCCGCCAGCGCCUGCUGUCACUGCCAGCCCAAGCCUGCCGGUGCCGGCGCUCAAGAAGAUUGAACGGAGCACGAAGCAGCCAGCCAAGAUUGCCCAGGUGGCGCCCAACCUACGCAAGACGCCAAGCAGCAGCUCGUCGGCCAGCUCCUCCUCUUCGUCGGGCAGCUCGUCAAAUGGCUCCAAUACGGGCAAGUCGCCGGCCAAGAAACACGUGGCCAUCGCACCCCGCACGCCUGAGAUGAAGCAGCAGCAGCAGCAGGGCAAGGCGGCCAUGGUCUACCGGCCACCAGGCACGAUGUCCAACCUAAAGCAGAAGCAGAUCUCGCAGCCAGCUUCUGUGAGUGUCGCUGCGCCUGCUCCUGUUCCUCCUCCGCCCACUACCACCGCCCCGCCCAACCCAACGCUCUACCAGCUGCCCAUGCAACUGCCCAAUCUAGUCCAGCUGCCGCCCCAGUUGGCGGCCGCUGCAAACAUCAUGCAGCUCAACAACGUGGCCAAGGCGGCGGUGGCAGCGGCGGCCAAUAACAACGCCGCCGCCCAGGCAGCCCAGGCCGCUCAGGCUGCCGCAGCCCAGUACUUCCUGAACGGGACCGUUUUUAAGCUGCAGCAGGUGACAACCGCUACCACGACGACUGCCACCACAGCCACGGCGGCGGCCUCGACAGGCAAUCCCUUUGGGCUGUUGAGCGCCACCGAGCUGCAGGAUCUGAUCAUGAAGCAGCAGCAGAUGCAGUUGCAGCAGCAACAGGCGGCGGUGGCGGCGGCCGCCAAGGCUCCGGGCAACACCUCAAACUUCCAGGAGCUCUUCCAGCAGCAGAUUGCCGCUAUUGCCGCCCAACAACAGCAGCAACAGCAGCAGCAGCAGGUCGUCACUCAGCAGCAGCAGCUGCAGCGUCUGGUCCAGAGCGGAGCAGGAGCAGCUGCAGCCCAGCCCGUGUUCAUGGCGACCCCGGCCGGGCUCCUGCUCAAUGCCGCCAGCCUACCCGCGAUGCUAGCCGCCGCCAUUGCCGCCAACAACCAGCAGCAACAGCAGAAGGUAGCUGCCUCCCUGGCGCUGCAGCAGCACCCGCAGCAGCAGCAAGCGUUGCCCGCCCUACAGCCGAUACCAGCCCUGAGCUCCAUCUUCGAGCCGUCGGCCGAGCAGCAGCAGCAGCUGCAGAUGCAGCAGCAACAACUGGCCCAGCUGCUGUUGUCGAACCAGCAGCACCAGCAGCAGCAGCAACUCAUCACUGCCACCCAGCCACCCCCACUGGCUGCCACGAACAACACUGCCAACAACACCACUGCCAACAACAGCAACAACCUCACUGCCUCGAAUAACUUAAGCAACUUACAGCCCCAACAGCCGCAGCGCGCUAUCAUCAAGCCGCCGCUGCACAGCUCCACGCAGCCACCCCCACUGGUGACCAUAUCCUCGGCGCCAGCUCCCGCCCAAACUGCUACGGUCUCAGCCGCGCCAGCAGGCAAGAGGGCCGUGCCAGCGGCUAAGCCUUACCAGAAGCGGAUGGCCGCCAAGGGCAGCGGCAAGUUCCCAUCCGGAGUGGGUGCUGCUCCCAUCAUAGCCACGCCGACCACGCCACCGCCUCUGGUGCCCACGUCGGCCACCAAGGAGCUGGGUCAGCUGCGCAAGAGCACGGAGCGCCUGCAGGCAGCAGCCCCAGGAGGAUCUGCAGCCACUGUAACUGCGGCAUCCGCCCUCAUUUCGGUGACAGGAUGCUCAGGAACCACUGCAUCAGCCACAUCCACGCCCACGCCUCCGCUGGUGAGCAUCGCUCCUUCGAAGCUGACGCCCACACUGAGCAUGGCGAAGCAGGGCCAGGCCAUGAAGCUGGCCAGCAGCUCGCCCGAUCUCUUCGACCUAGUCAAGAACUCGAACAGUGCCAUCUGCCAGGCGACCAAGGCGAUGCAGCCGCUGACCCCGCUGCCCUUCAGUUCGCCGAGCAGCUGCAGCAACAGCAACAGCGCCAGUGGCAACUGCCUGCGAUCCUCGCCAGCGUUGUCCGCCUCGAACUCGUGCACCCUAUCGGCCUUCAGCAAGAUAAAGACUGAGCCGGUGGAGACGCUGUCCCAGUCCUGCUCAAGAGUAUCCUCCUCUGCGCCAUCAAGCUCGCCGAAGCCACAGAGCUUUGCCGGGCAGCUGCCCAGGACGAAUCUCGACCGGGAUCAGGAGGCGGAGGCAGAGUCCGUCAAGCAGGAAAUGCUGCCCGACUGCAGCAACAGCAACUCCAACUCAAACUCGUGCAGCAGCAGCUCCAGCUACUCGCACUCCGUCAGUUCGGCGGCAGAUCUCUCCCUGGAGGCUUCCACGCCUGCGCCAUCGCCCUCGCCCUCCUUGUCGCCCUCAGCAUCUCCGUCUGCCGUGGGUUCCCCCUCGCCGGCUGCAAGCAAUAUAAGCGAGUGCAGUCGACGGGCGCCCAGUCAGACGGACAUGCUCAGCGAGUUGGUCACCUCGUCGUGCAUCUCCAGUGGCGGCGAAGACUGCUCCCAGACGACGAACUCGCCUCCUCCGCCGCCCCUGCCACUACAGCUGGUCAAAGGCUCGAGCACUCCCGCGCCCACGACUGCUGUCGGUGGUACCAGCAGCAGCAGCAGUAGCGGCAGCAGCAACUACGACGAAGAGGACGACAAGUCGGUGCUCUCCCUGGAGACGCAGCGGACCCACAAGCGGCUGAGAAACCUGCCCACUCCUGAAUCGGGGAUCGGAGGAAGUCUGAGCAACAGCGAAAGCAGCAACUCGAUAGUGGAUGCAAUCUCCUCGAAGUCAGUGGGUCCUCCCACUACGGCUGCCAGCAGCAGUAGUGCCGCCUCCGACAGCAAUUCCCUGGCCAGCAAUGCCCCCUCGCCCGCGUCGCCAGACGAAAACUCCUGCAUGGCCACCGCCAGCUGCACGCCCCACACCGUGGUGGACAUAGCUCUGGCCGAGGCCUCCAGCAGCGGUCUGCCAAAGAGCGCCAUCUCGCCGAUCCUGUCGCAACCAAAGACCAUUCGAUUCCCGGCAGGAGCGGGGGCUGGUGGCAAGGGCGGCAAGCGGCACGACGGCGUCUGCUACUGGGACAAGUGCAACAAGAAACACGAGAGCAACUCCAAGCUGCUGGACCACAUGCAGACACACCACGUGAACACCCAGACGGGACCCUUCUCCUGCCUCUGGGUGGGUUGCAAGGUGUACAACAAGGAGUCCUGUUCGCGGCGUUGGCUCGAGCGCCACGUACUCUCCCACGGCGGUUCCAAGCAGUUCAAGUGCAUCGUCGAUGGCUGCGGCUUGCGGUUCGGCUCCCAGCUGGCACUGCAGAAACACGUGAACAACCACUUCAAUGCCGCGGACAACGCCAAGGAGAGCACCAGCAAGCGCACCUCCGAUCCCCCCGUGCCCAAGCAGCUGCGAAAGAAUGGCAAGAAGUUGCGCUACCGCCGCCAGCCCUUCUCAGCUCGCAUGUUCGACUUCAUCGACACGGGCAUCAUGGAGGGUCUCCAGCACCGACUGCGCCAGAUCAGCACGCUCACCAACGGGGCCCAGGCCAUCGAGUUCCAGGGCCAGUGCCUGAUGCGUCGGCGCAACAGCCAGGGCAACUACGAGUGCUUUGUGCGCUGGUCGCCCCGAGAGAUUAUUUCCGACGAGUGGCUGCCAGAGUGUGCGAACCGCACGUGCCAGCACACCAAGGUGCUGCACAUCAAGCAGAUGCGCCCGGCGGAGAAGACGCGCGUGGACAGCUUGCUCACCACAGCCUUCCGGCUGCGCUACGACGCCCAGCUCUUCGCCGACGACUACAAUGUGGACGAACAGCAAGGCGAGGCCAGCGACAGCGAGUGCGAGGAGGAGGAGGACGAGGACGAAGAGGAGUGCGACGGAGGCAGUUCGCGCAGCGCCAGCUGCGAAACCGUGUCCAGCUACCAGCAGGUGCUCAGCAUCGCCAAGCUGCACAUGCAGCAGCGCCGCAAGCACCCCCGCAAGCCCCCCAAAGCGGUGCCAGCCGCGAGGACGGACCUGGUGACGACGGACGCCCUCGUGCCCAUCUAGGUGCCAGGUCGAAAGUAUUUUUAAGUAAUUAAGCCCAAGCCGAAGCGAUAAACGAGUAAACAGUGACAAGUAGGCUAGUUAGAGUAGCAACUAAGUAAGUUAGCACUUAUUCAUAGAGACACAUGUACGCCCCGCUUUGUUCAUUUUUGUUUGUUGAACCGCCGUUUAGUUUAGUGAAUUCCUCACCACCACGGGUCGGUCCCGGCUCGUCCACCGGUCGUUGUAUAUAUGUGUGUUCCGGUGGAAGUGUUAGUCAGAGUCGGGACCAGCGACCCUCAUCGCAGCCCACCCGAGCGCUCUAGCAAACAUCCUGAUUUAAAGAGUUCUAGCUAUAAUUUACCCUACAUACUUACACUUCGUACAAACACCACUGCCCGAGUGGACAAGACUUGUUCGAGAGGAUGAUGUAGAUCUACUUUAAGUUUAGCUCAGCGUGUAAGACCCUACUUUGUUUUCGUUUCAUUGCCCUCAUUGUAUCCUCAUUGUACACCUAGAACUGGCCAAACCUUCCCCGGGGAAGAGCGGAGAACUACGCGCACAACCGAGCAGUUAAACGUAAAGUUAAUAGUAAGGUGAGGCGCCGUGGCGCGAAGAACACAAGACUUAAAGCAUUUACCGCUACAAGAUACAACCACUAUUUGUAACCGUUUUGUACUCAACUUGAACAGCAAUGCAAGCAGUUAUAAGCCUAAGCUAGGUCCCAGAGUACCGACUACCCGUUUAGAGUAACUGGUGCGAACUGCGCCUCUUGACGAUCGGCUGCCCCAUUUCUAGGGCCCUAGAGUCCUGAACCCUAGAGAGCUCCGAACUGUGUAGAUACUGCGGAAGGACGCAGUCUAGGUUCGCCCUAAAGUAAAUUUAACUAUUCGUUUAUAACUUAGCCAAGGCAACUAAGCAAAAUAAAGUUAUCAAAGAGAAUCGGACAUGAACCGCCAUCACACUUGUUCUUCCCUUUAUUUGUAUCUGCCGGCAGGAACCCGCUUAUGAUUUGCAUACAUAUCCGAAUGCGAAAUUCGAAUCAGAAUCUGAAUCCGAACGCAUAUAAGCAAAAUUCGCCUUAAACCUAACCAUAUUUCACAAUUUCCCAUGCCAAUGAAUUUAUACAUAAGUGUUUAAAGUAAGUAAACCAAGCCAGAGCCGAGAUACGACUAAUGAUAAAUACAGACACGAUGAAAUGAACUCAACACUGCCAAAUGUAAUGGAACAACCGAACACAGUUGUUAGGAACGACUGAUAGUUUAGUGCAGACUGGAAGGCGCUUCACUCCCACACUAGCCACUAGAGUCCCCCACUUUUGCGAAUAGGUUCCCUGUGUUGCAACAGUAGUAGCUCGCUAAGAAGUGUUUAUAUCAAGUAUAUCUGAGUGUUGUCUAAUUAGAAGCCCGAUUAGUUUAGCUGGUAAGGCAGAAUCAAUAUGUGUAUGUAUCUUCUACCGAAAGUAUUUUGAAGAGACUUUUGUAUAUCUCGAUCGCAGCUUGAUAGCAUAAUCUGAAGCAAUAUCUUUUACGAAAACCGCUGAAUAAUCUCAGCUGAAUCUUCCAUUCGGUUCGACGUCUGAUGCCUUCGAUUAAGAACGACUAAAAUGAAAAAUCGAAAACUAAGCAAGAUAAAUAUCAAAGAACAAAGAAUAUAACGAGAAGGGAAAGAAAUUCAAAUAAAAUAAAACUACCUCAAAUUUUUGCAAGCAUAGAACACAAUGAAUUUUUCGAGACAAGUUUUCUAAAAUGAACAAAUACAAAUAAACCAAAGGGAUCCGAGGAAUCGGAACCGAACCACACAAGGGAAGUACAUAUAUACGCGUAGUACACAGAGGAAAAGAUACAAGGGGAAAGAUACAAGAUACAAGAACCGUAGGCUAACACACACACAUAUUUUGCUAAAUUUGGAUACAGUCUGUUUAGAAUAAGCACAGCUCCGGGAAUCGAGUUCGAGUUCGAGUUUCAAUUCAUUUACCUUCGAGUUCCAUUUCGAGGUCGAUCCUUAGGAGCGACCCUGACUCUCCCGAUCAGAUUAUCCAGACAUGCGUUUGUAAAUAGAGGAGUUUACCAGCAAGAUACAUAUAUAUUCGAUAUCAUAACCAUAAUUCGUAAUGUUAAUACUGCAACCGCUUUAAUUAAUUACAGAGAGUAUGGCAUUUACCAGGCGUACGUACAUAACCAUGCAAACCAUACAUAUACAUAUAUACACGUGUAUACCCCAGAAUGUAUUGCUAAACCUAAACUUAUUUCAAAGAAUGGCCAGAUUGGUUUUAGAUUCAGUUCUGGCCAGGGUCCCGCAGGGACAUCCGACACCACACACCAGCAGAGACAAGAACACAGCCGAACAGCAGCCAUGUGGCUUCAGGUGUAACUAAUGUAAUCAAAAGAAUUAUAUACAUAUAUUAUUGAACUCUAUAUACACAACUUAGUAGAAGACGAACACGAAGAACUUGUAAUGCGCUGAGAAAUGACAAAAUAUAUGGAAAACAAAUACUA